CUCUAAAUUUAACCUCAAAAAUAAUCCAAAAUGACUGGAGGUUAUCUAAAACUAUAACUAUUAGUCAGAGUUCUCAAUCUGAACCAAUAAAUAAAAAUGAUGAUAGAAAUUUCAUAUAUGAUAAUAGCUAUCAACCUGAUGAUACUAUCAUCACAAAUGUUACUUCUAGUAAAA